GCGCCUCAGACUUCCUCCCCAGUAGAAAAGGGAUAAUAAAAACAGCUACAACACAAUACUGCUGUGAGGCACAGAAAAAGAGGUUUUGGGUUCCGGAGUUUGCACCUUCAUCUCCCUCACAGUUGAGGGACGCCCCCAGGAAAGGGGAAGAGACGAGAGCAAUGGCAGGGAGCCUCUCUUUGGGGGCAGGCAAGGUCCUUUGGGGCCGGGUGCCCCUAUCUUGCAGAAGCUUCUCUCUGGGUGUUCCCGGAAUGUUCCACGUAAGGCUCACCCUCCCGCCUCCCAAAGUAGUUGAUCGUUGGAACGAGAAGAGGGCUAUGUUCGGGGUGUAUGACAACAUCGGGAUCCUGGGAGACUUUGAAAUGCACCCCAAAGAACUGAUCAGGGGCCCCAGAUGGCUCAGAGGCUGGAAGGGGAAUGAAUUGCAACGUUGUAUCCGAAAGAAGAAAAUGGUUGGAAAUCGAAUGUUCCUUGAUGACCUGCACAACCUUAACAAACGCAUCAGCUACCUCUACAAACACUUUAACAGACAUGGAAAGUACCGGUAGAAGAGAAAGCUGGGAACUGUGGAAGAGACACAUCUGUUACCGAGGGGGGGGGGGGGG